AUGGUCAAACCCAUCUUCAAAGUAAAAGGCGAGUCCCUCUCGUUCUCCAGCCGCAUGAACGUCAUGGACACAAGCGGCAACUUCCUAUUUUGUAUUCGCAAGAAGCACUUGAGCAUACACACGACGUACUAUGCCGAGAAUUCCAAUGGCAACGAGAUCUUCGAAGUGAGGAGUAAAUUUAGGUUGGGUGGCUCUAAGUUCAUUGGUACGUUUACUUCGGCCUCUGGUCAGCAGGAGGAACUAGUGAUGAAGGGCGAUUGGACCGAUACGACGGCUGAUAUCACGGAUGAGGCCACCGGCCAAACCGUCGCGUCCGUUUACCGUGAUCGCUGGAAUGCGCGGGAGUUCCUAGCCGACCAGCAGACUUAUAACGUUACUAUCGCGCCGAACGUCGACAUGGCUAUCAUCGUCGCAAUGUGCAUCUGCCUAGACAUGAAGAGGAACGAAACUCCGUAG